AUGAGCUCGGAUCCAGCUGAGCCCCAAUCCCCACCUCGCCCCGAAGCACCCGGUUCUCAGGAUGCUCCUACAAUGCCUGAGAUUUAUGGGCCUCAAGAAAAUUACGCACCCUUGCAAAUGUCAUCCGCUGAGACCCCCCCCACGGAGACCGUCUCUCCUCUUCCUUCCUCCAUGGACCUGCUUAUUCAGGACAGCCCGGAUUCUUCCACCAGUCCCAGAGUAAACGUGCUACCCACGUGUGCGGAGGAGGUCACGGUGAAGAGAGAAGACCCAACUCCGGGCAAGAAACAGAAGAUCAGAACCGUAUUCUCUCAGACCCAGCUAUAUGUACUCAAUGAUAGAUUUCAGAGACAGAAAUACCUCAGUCUCCAGCAGAUGCAAGAACUUUCCAACAUCCUGAACCUUAGCUAUAAGCAGGUUAAGACUUGGUUCCAGAACCAGAGGAUGAAAUGUAAGAGGUGGCAGAAAAACAACUGGCCAAAGAAGAACAACAGUGCCGCUCCGAACAGCUCUGCAACUCCAGAAUACCCAGGCUUCUAUUCCUAUCACCAGGGCUACCUGAUGAACACGUCCAGAAACCUUCCAAUAUGGAGCAACCAGACCUGGAAUGGCCAGUUGUGGGGCAACCAGACCUGGAACGGCCAGUCGUGGGGCAACCAGACCUGGAAUGGCCAGUUGUGGGGCAACCAGACCUGGAACGGCCAGUCGUGGGGCAACCAGACCUGGAACAGCCAGAGCUGGUGCCCCCAAGCCUGGAACAGCCCGCUGCACGGCUGUGGAGAGGAAUUUCCGCAGCCCCAGGUCCAGUUCCAGCAAAAUUCCGUCAACGAUUUGCAGUCCAUCUUAGAAACGGCUGGGGAAAGCCACAGUGUCCUACAGCAAACCACUAAGUAUUUUAGUGCCCAGCAAAUAAUGGAUUUAUUCCCAAAUUACUCUGAACAUACAGCCUGA